ACAUAGGGCACGUAGCCCAUGACGGUCGAAUGCACCGAAUUGUCGGGCAUCCGGAGGUUCACCUUCUUGAGAUUGUCGAGCGCCACCCAGUCCCAGAGCGAGGACAGGAUUCGCAUCGAGAUCAGCUGAAAGUUGUUCUCGUUGAGGCGGACCGAGAGGAUGAUCGUGUAGGCGAUCAGGAAGGUCCCGAGCCAGAUGAGGAUGGGCAUCUUCGCGCCCUGCAGCCACAUCCGGACGGAGGCAUCGAGCAGCUGCGAGCCGCGGGUGAAAUUGCCCGAGUUGCGAGGCCGUACGCCACGCGCGGAGGCGUGCGCCAGAUGGACCGGACGGCCAUCGUUGCGGAUGUCAGCCCUGGCCAUGGAACCGCCGCAUCCGGUUGUCGGUGGAGGUGA